UCGCUUCCUACUCAGGUAGAGUAUGGGGUGUUCUUCUCCAUUGGAGUUUACUUGGCUAAGAACAGCCCCCAGACCAAAAUUGGACGCAUCUGUUUGUACCACAAACCUCCUACUGAAAUCUGGGGCCUGGAGGACCGGAGAGUUGGACAGUGCAGUCUGGAGGGCAAUGAAGGACUUAUCACAAUCCUCAGUCCAGAUUCCAGCCCGGGUAAUAUCUUGUAGAAUUUUGAAGAUCGGAGACAAUAAGCGUCUUAGCUGGAGAAGUCAUUGACACUUUAAUUAAUGGCCCCGGAUUAUGCCGGAGCUGUGGGAACAGACUGGAUGGAUGAAGAGGGAGCGCGACGUUGAGCGGCCAAAACACCAGCGUCCUGGGCCCAUGACAACCCCUGAGAUGUACAUCUGAGGACAGGCCGCACGCCGCUUCCUUCCUGUAAUGUAUAGAUUCAUACGUGUGCACGAGGGACGCACAGAGAGACUCUGUUAAUAUUUGACGAGGAGCCAGAGGACGCCCAUUGUUCCCGACCUGGGCGACUGAACCGAAGGGGUGAAAUAAAUAACCUUACAGGAACAUCCAUCACAGGCAGGAGUUAUUUACUUUCCCUUGUCCUUAGGCAACCCCGAUGGCAAGAAUCUGCCUCAAUGAAGACGGCUGCGAAACGCAAGGGGGGGGGCUCCGCAUAUAGAGCACUGAGCACCCCAUUCAGGGGCCGCAACGCUCCGGAUCUACACAGAACAGGAUGGAGAAUCAGUACAAAGGAGACAGAACAGUGUUAUCAUAUAGAGAAUGAAUUCACAGCUGCGCUCAUAAUUCUGCUGAUUGUCCUAAGACACAGUCAACAAGUAUCUAACAAGGAAAAUAACUUCACUGAGACUCUACAAUACAGGGAGCAGAUCAACGAGACCCUACAAUCCAGGGAGCAGAUCACCGAGACCCUACAAUCCAAGGAGCAGAUCACUGAGACCCUACAACCCAAGGAGCAGAUCACUGAGACCCUACAAUCCAAGAAGCAGAUCACUGAGAUCCAGAUCCUAAUGUCCAGGGAGAAGAUCAACAAGACCCUACAAUCCAAGAAGCAGAUCACUGAGAUCCUACAGUACAGGGAGCAGAGACUGAGACCCUACAAUCCAAGGAGCAGAUCACUGAGAUCCUACAAUCCAAGGAGCAGAUCACUGAGACCCUAUAAUCCAGGGAGCAUAUGGCCGAGAACCUACAACCCAAGGGGCAGAUCACUGAGACUCUAGAAUCCAAGGAGCAGAUCAACGAGACCCUACAAUUCAGGGAGCAGAUCACUGAGACCCUACAAUCCAAGGAGAAGAUCACUGAGACCCUACAACCCAAGGAGCAGAUAACUGAGAUCCUACAAUCCCAGGAGCAGAUCACUGAGACCCUACAAUCCAGGGAGCAGAUCACCGAGACCCUACAAUCCAGGGAGCAGAUCACUGAGACCCUACAAUCCAGGGAGUAGAUCACAGAGACCCUAGAAUCCAGGGAGCAGAUCACUGAAACCCUACAAUCCAGGGAGCAGAUGACUGAGACCCUAAAAUCCAAGGAGCAGAUCAUUGAGAUCUUACAGUCCAUGGAGCAGAUGACUGAGACCCUAGAAUCCAAGAAGCAGAUCACUGAGCUCCUACAAUCCAGGGAGCAGAUCACUGAGAUCCUACAAUCCAGGGAGCAGAUGACUGAGACCCUACAAUCCAAGGAGCAGAUCACUGAGACCCUAUAAUCCAAGGAGCAUAUCACUGAGACCCUACAAUCCAGGGAGCAGAUGACUGAGACCCUACAAUCCAAGGAGCAGAUCACUGAGACCCUACAAUCCAAGGAGCAGAUCACUGAGACCCUACAAUCCAAGAAGCAGAUCACUGAGAUCCUACAUUUCACGGAGCAGAUCACUGAGACCUUACAAUCCAAGGAGCAGAUCACUGAGACCCUACAACCCAGGGAGCAGAUGACUGAGACCCUAAAAUCCAAGGAGCAGAUCAUUGAGAUCCUACAGUCCAUGGAACAGAUGACUGAGACCCUAAAAUCCAAGAAGCAGAUCAUCGAGAUCCUAAAAUCCAGGGAGCAGAUCACUGAAAUCCUACAAUUCAAGGAGCAGAUCACUGAGACCCUACUAUCCAGGGAGAAGAUCACUGAGAUCCUACAAUCCAAGGAGCAGAUCACUGAAAUCCUACAAUUCAAGGAGCAGAUCACUGAGACCCUACUAUCCAGGGAGAAGAUCACUGAGAUCCUACAAUCAAAGGAGCAGAUCACUGAGACCCUACAAUCCAGGGAGCAGAUGGCCGAGAUCCUACAAUCCAAGGAGGAGAUCACUGAAAUCCUACAAUCCAGGGAGCAGAUCACUGAGAACCUACAAUCCAGGGAGCAGAUCACUGAGGACCUACAAUCCAGGGAGCAGAUCACAGAGACCCUAAAAUCCAAGGAGCAGAUCAUUGAGAUCUUACAGUCCAUGGAGCAGAUGACUGAGACCCUAGAAUCCAAGAAGCAGAUCACUGAGCUCCUACAAUCCAGGGAGUAGAUCACUGAGAUCCUACAAUCCAGGGAGCAGAUGACUGAGACCCUACAAUCCAAGGAGCAGAUCACUGAGACCCUACAAUCCA